AUGACAGGCCCCAUCGACCGGUCUGCCGACGAUGCCGCCCUGGCCCGUCUAGGCAAAAAACAAGUCCUCAAGCGUCGCUUUGAUUUUUGGUCUCUAUUCGGUUUCGCUGUUUGCGAAUUGAUUACAUGGGAAACUGUACUAGCCCUUUUCAGCCAGGGAUUUGAAAAUGGCGGACCUUCCGGGCUACUGUAUGGAUUCAUUAUUGCUUGGAGCUCGACAUUGUCCGUGUAUACAGUUAUCUCGGAAUUGGCCUCUAUGGCUCCUAUUGCCGCUGGACAGUACUACUGGGUCUAUAUGCUUUCCUCCGAGAAGUAUCGCGUGUUUGCUAGUUAUAUCAUUGGAUGGUUGACUUCGCUUGCGUGGAUCGCCACUGUUGCGACUGAGAGCCUGUUUGCCGGUGAGAUGCUCCAAGGCAUAGUGUUUCUGGAUUAUCCGACCUACAUACCCACAAGAUGGCAGGGAACCUUGCUGACGUGGGCUGUCGCUCUGGUAUCAACUUUUGUCAACGCUGUCAUCCCAAGCAUGUUGCCGCGCAUUGAGAUUGGUACGGUUGUGUUCCAUGUUGCCGGUUUUGUGGUCAUCAUUGCGCUGCUUUGGCACUAUACCCCGUCCUACCAUAAUGCCGACUUUGUGUUUCGCACGAGCUUGAACGAGGGCGGUUGGCCUACUCAAGGCUUGUCUUACUGCGUCGGUUUUUUGGGUAACGUCGCUACCUUUGUCGGUGCUGAUGCGAGCGUUCAUUUAGCCGAGGAGGUUUCAGACGCGGCGAGGACUAUUCCCCGAGUUAUCACUUCAAGCAUGAUUUUGAACGGUAUCGUCGGAUUUGCCAUGAUGCUUACUUUGUUAUUUUGUUUGGGUGACGUUGAUUCUGUUUUGGAAUCGGAAACGGGAUUCCCUUUUAUUCAGAUCUUCUAUAAUAGCGUUCAGUCAGUAGCCGGUGCUACUGUCAUGAGUGCCAUUGUUCUCAUUCUGACCUGGGCCUGCGCCACUGGUAUCAUCACCUCCGCAUCGCGCAUGACUUGGGCUUUUGCGCGCGAUCGUGGAACCCCAUUUUCCAGGAUUCUCAGCAAGGUUGAUCCUCGCACUCAAGUACCCAUUAUUGCCGUCGGAGUCGUGGUUGUCAUCGCCUGUUUGCUUACUCUCAUCAACAUCGGAUCUUCUACUGCUUUCAACGACGUCAUAUCACUUACCAUCACCGGUUUUUAUGGUAGCUACCUAGUACCCUCUGCUCUUCUGUUAUACCACCGACUCAAGGUCGGCAACAUCUUACCCUACGGAUCUGUUGUGGACGGACAAGAUCUUGGUGUCAGCAAUGCUGCCUCCGGAGUCCUGUCGCCUUCAGACAACGACGAACUUAACACCAACAAAGAGGAAAAAGUCGCAGAAAGCAAACCCGGAAACGGUAACACACCCAUCUCAGUCAUCGCCGCUGACGAACAGGGUCGAAUCACAUUUGCGCCUACCCAACUCGUCUGGGGACCGUGGCAUAUUCCCGGGCUGCUUGGAAUUAUCAACAAUGCGUAUGCAUGCAUUUACAUGGUCUUUGUCAUUUUCUGGUCUGUCUGGCCUCCUGCCACGCCCGUUGCGGCGGAUACCAUGAAUUACUCUGUGGUCGUCACUGGCGGCGUCAUUAUUCUUAGUAUCGUGUGGUACUGGAUCAGAGGACAUAAGGAGUACAAAGGACCGUUGGUUGACAAGGAGGUUAUUGAGAUUAUCCAGAGGACUCAAGUUGGAGUAGUAUAG